CGCCGGGCCUUUCCGCCUGGCCGCUGCUGAGGAGAAUCGAUGGCGCGAAGAGACCGGAGGGCUGUUGCCGCUGCUGCUUCUUUCGCCGCCGCCGCCGCUUCGGCUUCGAAGCCCUGAGGCGAAGCCGGGUCUCUAUCCUCGGACCCCCGGACGCCGGGCCUCGCCCUACCGGGGAGGAGUCCCCAAAGCGCCGCGCCGUCGAGUGUAAGGGGAGGAGGAACCCCCCUGCCUGAGGCGGCGUCUUCGUCUGGGCAGCCCUCCGGGGAGGCGAGGAGGCGUGCGCGGCUGCCCUCACGCGCGACGCCUUGGGAGGGAAGGUAAUAUUCUUCCCCCCCGCCCCCUGCCCCGUUCACACGACCGUGUCACCGCGGCGGGCUGCAUUGUUCCUUGUAAGCCGCCUGGCUGCGCUUGCACACCCUUCCCAGAGGGUCUCCGCAGAGGAGGAAGAGGAGGACUCUCUGCAGGCUCGCUCCCGCCAACUCCUGGUACGGCAUUUACACACACAACACGCAUUUACACGUGCAAAAGGCCUAUUUUGGAUAACCAAUGAGUAUCACCAGUGAUGAUGUCAGAAAGUAAACCAACCAUUUCCUGCCUGUUCCAGUUUUUACAAACUUGUAUGAUGCAAAGGCUACAAUUCAACAUCCCAAAAACAUUGAUUUUAAAACUGUCUAGAUGAUUGUUGUUGCUUUGGUUGUGCUCUAUGCAAGCAGAAACCUUUUGCAAGGUUUACGGCUGACCUUUGAACGGCAUAUUCUCUGUUUGCUACAAACCUUGGGAGUUAGCAGCAUGGGCAAUUCCUGUGUUUGCCGAGAAGACAGCAGUGCAGAAGAGAAUGCAGAAUCCAGGAAUCACCAGGCAGAGAACAGCAGAAUGCCUGUACCUGAAACAAGGAGCCAUCAGAGGGAUCCAGUACGGCCCCCCCGGAGGGGGAGGGGGCCACAUGAACCCAGAAGGAAAAAACAUAAUGUUGAUGUGUUAGUACUUGAUACGCUGGCAGUAAUUCGGACAUUAGUAGACAAGAUGCAUUGCAGAAAUUGACAGAAAUAUUAAAUUUAAAUGGAGCAGUGGCUCUCCAGGAUGCCUGCCAUCCUGCCAAACACCGGAAUACCACUGCAGUCCUGGGCUGUUUGGCAGAAAAGCUUGCAGGCCCUGCAAGUGUAGGUUUACUCAGCCAAGGAAUCUUGGAGUACUUACUGCAGAGCUUGGAGUUCCAAUCCCAUCCGACGGUCAUGCUUUUUGCACUAAUAGCCCUGGAGAAGUUUGCACAAACAAGUGAGAAUAAAAUGACAGUUUCUGAUACCUGCAUCAGUGAUCAGCUGGUUUUGUUAGAGAAAUGGACAAAUAAUCCAGACUAUUUAAAACGCCAAGUUGGAUUCUGUGCUCAGUGGAGUUUAGACAAUCUAUUUUUGAAAGAAGGGAGACAGUUUACAUACGAGAAAGUCGACCUGACCAACAUUAGGGCCAUGCUGAACAGCAAUGAUGUCAGUGAAUAUCUGAAGAUCUCCCCGCAUGGGUUGGAGGAAGGUUAUGGUAUCGGGGACGAUGAAUACUCCUGUGCUUAUGACGGCUGCAGGCAGCUGAUCUGGUAUAAUGCCCGAAGUAAACCACAUUCCCACCCAUGCUGGAAAGAAGGUGACACGAUAGGAUUUUUACUGGACUUGCAAGAGAAGAAGAUGGUUUUUUAUUUAAACGGGAACCAGCUUCCUGCUGAGAAGCAAGUCUUUUCAUCAGCUAUUUCCGGCUUCUUUGCUGCAGCUAGUUUCAUGUCCUAUCAACAGUGUGAGUUCAAUUUUGGAGCAAGGCCUUUCAAAUAUCCUCCCUCUGCAAAAUUUAACACCUUUAACGAUUACGCGUUUCUGACAGCAGAAGAGAAAAUCAUUUUACCAAGACAUAGACGCCUGGCCUUGUUAAAGCAAGUGAGCAUCCGAGAAAAUUGCUGUACGCUUUGCUGCGAUGAAAUAGCUGACACAGAACUCAGGCCUUGUGGACACAG